GUUACGGAUACCAAACACAUAAACUAGAGACAGCGUUCCUAUGCGGUAGAAACUUUCGUUGAGCAUCGGCUUGGGCGCUUUGGGACAGUACCUCGACAGUAGAAGGAUGCCGCCCAACGUGGAUGAAUUCGCAACGGAGGCCAUUCCAAUCAUCAAUGGCCUUUACUACUUCAUAGUAAUUCGACGCCCGGAUAGCCCAAGGUUCAGUGCGACCGCUCAGCAGAACAUUUGCUACUCAAUAGACGACUCGCUAUUGUAUGAGCCCUUCUUCGCGGACUUUGGGCCGCUCAACCUGGGGCGCACGUUUCGGUUCUGCCAGCAAACGAAACAGCUCCUCCAGGAGGCGGAGCGCCACGGCAAACGUCUAUAUCUGUACACUGGGCCGCAUGCGCACCAGAAGGCGAAUGCGGCUGUCCUGGUGGGCAUCUACCAAGUUAUCUACAUGAACAUGACGGCAGAUAUGGCAUACAAGCCGCUCGCGGCGCUGAAGCCCUACGUGCCGUUUCGCGACGCCUCAUGCGGCGUCUCCACUUUUCACUUGACCGUAUACGAUGUGAUGCGGGGCAUCCAACGCGCUCGCGACGUGGGCUUCAUUGACUGGAAUUCGGGCUCGUCGACUUGGAGUCUGGAGGAGUACGAGUACUACGAGCAGGUGGAGAACGGCGACCUGAACUGGAUCGUGCCAGGCAAGUUCGUGGCGUUCAGCGGCCCCGCCGCCCGCUGCAACGAGAUCGCGGGAUACCGGCUGCACACGCCCGAGGACUACUGGGAGUACUUCCGGCGGCGCGGCGUCACCACCAUCGUGCGCCUCAACAAGAAGGUGUACGACCGCAAGCGCUUCUUGGACGGCGGCUUCAAGCAUCACGAGAUGUACUUCCCGGACGGCUCCUGCCCCAACGACGCCAUCAUCCAGCGCUUCCUGGACACGGUGGAGGCCGAGCCGGGCUCCAUUGCGGUGCACUGCAAGGCGGGGCUGGGCCGCACCGGCGUGCUCAUCUGCCUCUACAUCAUGAAGCACUACCGCUUCACGGCGGAGGAGGUGAUUGGCUACAUCCGCGUCUGCCGGCCCGGCUCCGUCAUCGGGCCGCAGCAGAACUUCAUCCGGGAAAUGGAGUCGCGCAUGUGGCACGAGGGCGAGAUGUACCGGGCGGCGCGGGGGCUGCCCAAGGUGGCGCCUGCAGGGCAACUGCUCAUCGCGGGCCGCGCCGCGGGCGGGCACAACGGCCACGGCUACGACGCCGCGGAGCCCGCAGCAGCAGCAGCCGCGCCCAGCAGUGCGGUGGGCGGCUCGCGCGGCGGCUCCGCGUCGGCGGGUGGCGCAGGCUCGGGCGGCUACGGGGGGUCGUACGGGCAGCUGCGGGCGGGGUCGGGGUCGGCAGCGGGGUCGCGUGGCGGCAGCGCGACAGGCGGUUCGGGUGCGGGCACGGGCAUGGGGAGCCGUGACGUUCACGGCAGCGGUGGUGGUGGCAGCAUCCUGUCGGGCGCCGGCGCGGCGGCGGCGGCCUCCGCCAGCGACAUGUCUUUAUUGCAGUACAGCAAGCAGUACGGCGGCAGUGACGGCUACGGGCACGGCGGCGGCAGCGGCGGUUACGUGUCCUCGUCGCAGCAGGCAGCGCCGGUGGCGUCUUUGGGCUCGUUCCGCAGCCGCUACGGCUCGGGGCUGGCGCCGGCCGGCUACAGCAACAGCGCCGGCGGUGGCGCGGGCCGCUCAAUGACCCCGCUGCGGUACGGCGCUGGCAGCAGCGCCGCCGGUGGCUACGGCGGCUACGGCAGCAGCGCUGCCGGCGGCGGCUACGGCUCGCACCAGGGCGCGCUGUCGCCCAGCGGCAUCCUGGGGCCGCGCGGAGGCAUGGGCGCAGUGUCGCGCUCCAUGCCCGCGGCGCCCGGCAGCUCGGGCGGCGGCGGCAGCGGCCACAUGGGCCGCUCGCCCUCCACGGGCCGCCUGAGCGCAGCCGCCGGCCUGGCGGCGCCGCCCUCCUCCUCGUCUGUGGGCUCGGUGGCGGGGCUGCGCUCCACGCUGCACACGGAGACGCUGGCGGCGGCGGACCGGCCCAAGGUGAUCCCCGAGCGCAACACGCAGUCGGCCGACAUCGGCUCUGGCUUUGGCCUGGGCGGAGCUGGCUCGGGCGCCGCCUCGCCCUGGCGCCUGCACGUGCCGGCCUCGCCCACCGGCAGCUCCGGUCCCGCCACGCCGACCACGCCCGCUGGCGGCCACAUGAACAGCGUCAUCGGCGGCGUGGGCGUGGGCGCCAGCGGGCUGGGCCGCGCCAGCUCCAUCGGGGCACGCAGCAACGGCAGCAGCCCCAGCACGCCCACCACGCCCGGCAGCACCAGCGGCGGCGUGGCGCGCAUCCUGGCGCCCAACGGCCAGCCGCGCAAGGUGCCGGUGGCGCUGCUCAACCAGUACUCCGCUGCAGUGGUGGCGGGCAGCGGCGGCGGCGGCGGCUCUGGCUCCAAGCCGCCCUCGGCUGGGUCCAUGGGCGCCGGCGUGCGCUCCAGCGGCUACGGCUCGUACGGCAUGCGGCAAUGACUGGUGCUGGCGGCGGCGAGUGCUGUGGACGCAUCGAACGCGCCGGCGCCAGUGCCAGCGCUGCGGCCCUUAGCAGCUGCCCCGGUGAGCGCGCGGGGUCGCCAGCGUUAGAUGGUGCCAGGGCUGCUGCUUAAAAUCUCACGUCUUAACUCGCGCCCAACGCGGAUUACCGUAGCGUGGCGGAUUCCUGUGGCAGCUGGGCGCAGCUGCCCAGGAGCGCGUUUGGUCUCAUGCGUCAUUAGGUUGCGGUGCUGGUGUGGUUGUGAUGGCAACUAUUCUUGUAAGUAUGGUUUUUAGCGUUAUGGUGUUCCUUGUUGGAGGGAGAGCAGUCUGGGGAACGAGGAUGCUGGAAAUGAUUGCGUCCUCUGGUGAUAUUUAUCCCAGCACCCUCGCUAGCGCUGUUUUGUGGACAGCGAGAGUGGACGCAUAGUGCUUGGUUUGCACAGCAGGUGGGCGAGGCAUGCAGUUGAGCCUCCGACAACCGGCCACAUGGUAUUGUUAGAUCUCAGUGUGUUUGGCAGGUGUUUGUCUGCACAGGCAGCGGCGGUGGAGGUGGCUUCUUCCCGCAGGCAGGGCAGGCAGGCAGAUGCAAGUGGACAAGGCCGAAAGGCCGACGCCCCCAAUGGAUCCAACGAGCGGAGAGCGGGCUGGCUUCUCGUUAUUUUACUUGCGAUAUAUGGGGAGACAAGGAGGGGCAGAAGGGCUUGGAGCCGCAGGAACUCUGAAAAGCGGCGUACUGCAUGCUGUUGUCCAUGGAACAUGGAGUGAGGCGGUGAGUAUACCGUAGCUACGGGCGGCGGUAUGGCUGACUGGAGGCUGCAGCUUUUUACAUGGCAGGACCGGGAGAGAGAUGCCGCAGGCUGGUCCUGGGCCGAUAGCUGGGCAUGUUGCCGGGUCGUAGCAGGCACGGUCCCUUGGGUGGUGCAAUGUGGUGUGCGUAUGAUUAGGUAGUACCGUACUCAGCAGAGAUGCCAGGUUAGCAGCAGGUUAGCAUGGGGCAGGGGUGAAGGCGUCGCACUCUGGCAGUAAACUGAAAUUUGCUAGUUAGCAACAGCAUUGUAAUUUUGCGCGGUGUGGGAUUGGGAGUAGAGAAGUCCUGAGUAGACCAAGAACGGAGGCGUGAAGAAGUCGCUCCUCGGAUGACAUAUGACAUUACGACUAUUCACAUGACACGUGAUGACCAUGACAGAUAUCAUAGGCCGCAGGUAGCUGCAGAUAGGUUGCGGCUCGAUGAGGAGUGCUGACAUGUGUGGGUAUGUGACAUUACAUUACAGGGGUAUUGACGUUGAAGAGGGUGGAUUGACAUUGACGGGAGCUCACGGUGGACGCAUGAGUUGCCCCAUCCAAGUGCUGACACCGCAGAGCCGCGAGGUUUGAUUGACAGUCGUAAGCAGAUGAAUCUAUGGUGGCAGGCUGGCGUCUACCGUAUAUCCGUAUGAUUGGCGUCUACUUGCAUUACGUGGGGGACAGACACAGCUCGUCGACAGGGGUAUGGACUGUUGGUCACAGAGGGUCACUUCCUCCCUGAUCAAUACAAAUAUACAAUGUCCG